AUGUCUCCAUUUCGUUUGUUCGAUCUGGAUUAUGUCGCUAUGAGACGAGCUUCCCUGCAUCUUGAUGAGAUGAGCACACUGAACAUUGCUCUCUCAUCUAAAAAUGCGAGACAAAUAAUGAAACUUUUCAAGAAGAGAAUCGAGUUUAUUUGGGUGAACUUCCAGGAGAGUGACUGCGUGAUAAAUCUGAAAUUCGCUGAAAAUUUAGAAGUUUAUUGGAGGAUCAAGUCAUCGAAGGGAAUUUUGAAACAUGCAGAGAAGACAGAUGUGUUCGAAUUAAACGAUAUGAAGGUGGAGAGCAUGAGAUAUCGAAUUAAAUCCAAAUACGUGAUCAAUUCAUACUGUGAAGAUGAUUUGUCCAUCUGUCAGAGUAUUGUUGAAGUGUUGCUUGACAUCUACAGACCAAAUAAACUAAAUUACUAUAUAUCCCGGAAACAUAAUCUCUCGAAAUUAUUGUGUUUCAAUGGACUAAAUCAAGUGGACCACCUCACAUUUAUUGUCUAUUUCCCAGUCAGUGAUCAGGAAUUUCUCCUCUUCCGACAGAAUAUUCACCCAAAGAAAGAGCUUUGUUUCAAUCUUGUCUUCUAUAAGAAUUCGAAUCAUGGAUGCAAAAUUGAAUUCAACUACGAGAAGCUGGAAAUCUGUUCCUCUGACUGGUUAAACAGAGAUGAUUUGUUCAAUAUCAACUCCAAAUAUGCCUUUUUGAAAGAGACGAAGCUAACGAAUGAAGACCUGAAACUAUAUUUUAAAAGAUGGAUAGAUGGAGACGAUUCGAAGUUAGAAAAGUUGAAGAUUACAAUGUCCGAUGAUGGAAAUUUGGACAAUAUGUUAUCUGGAAUUGAAACAAAAAGUUUGGAAGAGAUCAUUCAAGAUAAACAUUUAAACAAUAAAACCUUCGAGUUCCUCGACUUUGAGAAUUUCAAAUUUGACGGAUGCAAAGGAAGACAUUUGAUAAGAAAAGAUGGAAAAAUUGCUACUGUUCAUCUGGCGGGAAACAAGAAACUCAACUUCAUCGUCUGGAAUGAAAAAUCUCCUUUAAUCAGGGACACGGAAGAUUAUGUUGGAAAUAUGAUUUGA